UCACACAAUCUCAUAACCAUAGCAAAAGAAAUUUCAAUUCAGCCUUCAAUUCUGAACAAUGGCACCAAAGGCAGGAAAGAAGCCAGCGGAGAAGAAACCAGUUGAUGAGAAGAAGGCUGAGGAAGUUCCUGCUGAGAAGAAGCCUAAGGCCGGAAAGAAGCUCCCAAAGGAUGCCGGCGCCGACAAGAAGAAGAAGAGGUCAAAGAAGAGCGUUGAAACCUAUAAGAUCUACAUCUUCAAGGUUUUGAAGCAGGUGCAUCCCGAUAUCGGUAUUUCCAGCAAGUCUAUGGGUAUCAUGAACAGCUUCAUCAAUGACAUUUUUGAGAAGCUUGCUCAGGAAUCAUCUAGAUUGGCUAGGAUCAACAAGAAGCCAACUAUUACUUCUAGGGAAAUUCAGACUGCUGUCAGACUUGUGCUACCUGGUGAAUUGGCAAAGCAUGCUGUUUCUGAAGGAACUAAGGCUGUCACCAAGUUUACUAGCAAUUAGGGUUUUAAUUUGGGGAUCUUUUGGGUUUUGGGUCAAUGUAAAGGAUUGUUGUUUUUGAUGUUUGUUUAGUAACUGGCCUUAGUAUGAUACAAUCUAAUGAAUCAAAGCUUUUCCCAAAUGAAAUUCCGUAUUGGUUUUGUUCGAA